CCCCUGUCUGUUAACUACACAAGAAGAGACGUCUCAUUCAGUGUGGCCACCAGUUAGACAGAGAUGCGCAAAAGCAGCGGCGCUCACCUUAGGGAACAUAGAAAGUGCUAAGCAUAUUAUCACUUCCUGAGCCCACCACAGGGACGCUGUACAACUUCACCUGUCCCAUCAUGCACAAGGUAAUGGAAAACUCGCAGAAAUUCCGGAUAGAUGCCCUCUUGGCUGAGGAGCGCCCCCGCCUGCUGCCCCACCAGGGCAGGGAUAACCCAGUGUCACAUUCGCACCAAAUGUCCCAGCUGUUCCCUAAAGCUGGAUUCCUGCCUCUGACUAACCUGUACCCAGCACCUGUUUAUCAUUUGCCCUCUCUAGCGGCUCAGCACCCGAACUUUCCCUACAGUAGCUUCUCUGGGUUCCCUGUGCCUGGCACCGAGCACCUGAAGGCGACAUCACUGCCCCUGGAGCACUGGCUGAGGGCUGGGCUGCUCCUGCACCGGGGACCUGACCUGCACCCUUCUGCUCAGGCUGGGCUGAUGGGAAAAUGUAGACGUCCGCGCACUGCUUUCACAAGCCAGCAGCUCCUUGAGCUGGAGAAUCAGUUUAAGCUCAACAAGUAUUUGUCACGUCCCAAGCGUUUCGAGGUGGCUACUUCCCUGAUGCUGACUGAGACACAGGUUAAGAUCUGGUUCCAGAACCGCAGAAUGAAAUGGAAGAGAAGCCGUAAAGCCAAGGAACAAGGUCAGUCAGACCAUGGAAACAAACAGAGACCAGGACUAAAAACUGCAGCCAAAGAUGGUCAGGAUGAUGAUGAUGACGAAGAUGAAGAAGAGGAGAAUGUGGAAUUUCAUGGGACAGAGAUGGAUCUUUUAAGGCAUGCCAGUCAGCUGAGAUACAGCCCAGAGCCCUUGUCUUCUGAAGAGGAGGAGAGUCCAUCUAUGCUCUCUCCAUAA